AUGAAUAUCGCAAUUAUGUUUUGUUUUUUCUAUCUUUGCAAAUUCGGCAAAUCUGCGGACAACUCUGAAGGAGAGUCACUGACUAAGAAUGGAGGAAAUCUUCGCAGGAGGAAUUCCUUAUCUAACCAGUCACAUUCAAGUCAAGACUCUGCAAAAGGUUCUCAGCCAACUACUCCACCAGCUGUUACAGUUCCACUUGUGCAACCGGGUGAAAAUGUUAAACAACACAGGGAGCCGCUAAUUCCACCAACUCCUUUGGACGGACAAACUGUACAAGAUGCGCCAAGGUUAACACUUGUUCCAAUGACCUUUGACAUAUUUGACGUGGACCAUGAAAGAGUACGCAGCAGUGAAAGGACAACGUUUGGCAUUGCGCAGGUAACCUACGUUCCAGUCCCCGGUUUUUACUUUAAAAAGAUUGAGGAGAUGGGCGAGGACAUUUGGGAUUCUGGAGAAUCUAAUCAAAUCUCCACAAGGCUUACAACUUAUGGAAAAAAUGGACUUGUGUCCAUAAUAGAAGUUGAUGUAGUCAGCAAUCUCGGAGAUAUUCCCGAGGCAGUUUACUUUGAAAAACUCGGAAACAUAUGGGAGGGUAUCACCAGUGAUAUGUUUUAUGAUAAACUGAGUGCCAUGGAGGAGAAGAAAAAACCCUUCAAGAUCAACCGUAAUGAAGAGCCAAGCUCUCCAACUGGCAAAGAUGAUAGGAAGCUUGACACAAUUGACCUUUCAAACGUUGACGAAAACCUUGUUGAUAUCACCUCUUCUCUGGAAGGAGCUAUGAGUUACGUCAAAUACGUCCCAAAGAAUAAAGUUAACAUUGGACCCAUUGUAGAUGGUGGAGAGGUCAUAUGGGCUCCAAAGGAUAUGCACAUGGAGUGUGCAUUCAUAAAGAUAUUUUCAAGGGAUGAAAUGAAGCUCAUGUUCAUUUAUACUCGUCACCACAAAUUCCCAGAGUACGUUUACUUCAAGAAGAUUGGAAACUCGUGGAAGCAUAUAAACAAGGAUGAGUACGACAAUACCUUUGACAUUAUGAAGGAAAUGCGUCCAAUAAAAUAUGUUCUUGAUCUUGCAAACCCUGAGGAAGGCAAGUUUACCGUAAGGGACGAGUACGACGAUGGGAUAAAGCAAAGGGUAAUCUCACCAAAGAGCACGUUUACAGUGACAUCCAUAGUUGAUGGUGAACGUAAAGUAUGGGAAGCUGGAAGUGGAGAGAAACUAAAGAUAGCAACUUACAAUUACAAGGGAUCCUCCGCUGUGUUGCGUCUUAUUUUGGACAAGUAUACCAUGGAAACUGUUAGGUUCUUUGUCAAGAGGAAAUCAAAGUGGAUGCAGGUCCUAGACGAUACUUAUAACAGGAAAUUCAGGGAGAUGAAAAGGAAGGAAGCGAUUGAAACGCCAAUAUUUCCUCCGAUAAUACUUCCUUCCCAUGAUGAUGAGAAGCCAUCACCUCCAAAGCCAGCUCGUACUGAGAACCAAAAGCAACACUUCUUUGAGACUGUGUUACCGGAGAUGAUCGAGAGAGAAAAGGAAAUUAACAAGGGACUAGAGCCUAUCAAGGACGCAAAAGUUGUUGUAGAUAACCAUCCGUUCCUUAUCCCAGAGUCCGUUGUGAUGGAGCAACGUAAGCAUCAGUCGGAGCAAAAGAUCUACCAUCCACCAAAAGUGGAGGAUAAAAAACCGGAAAGGAGGUCUAACAUUGAUUUCAGCGCUGAACUUGAUCGUGCGAGACAAGAGGUUGAGAGAAGGUUUUCUGUUUUAUCCUCUCUUGAGAUAACGGGUGGCGAGACUCCAAAAAUAGAAAAACAAGAGAGAACAAUUAAUGGAGUUGUGGAAACCAUAUUUGUGCCAAAGGAAGGAAAGUUUAACAAAGUUACAGAAAACGGAGUUGAUGUUUGGAUUGCAAAGAACGGCGAAGCUUGCAUCAAGGUAAAGAUGUACUCCAAUGGGAAAUCCAAACUCUUACAUCUCUACAACAUAUUUGGAAAUAGAGUAGGCUUCAAAACACUCAAAAAGUCCGGUUCUAGUUGGUUACCAGUUGAUGAAAAUAAAAUGUACGAGGAGCUCUCAAGAAUGAGAGGUGAAAUUGUGGACAAAAAAACAAAACCUGAAAUCUCCGGCAGUAUUUUUUCCAGUCCCCUCAUACUGGUCCUACAAUUUUCAAUCCUCUUUUACUUUAUAAACUCUAUGGAUUAG